UACAGAAGGGAAGAGACCAAAAACUUUACUAAAUUUCUUUCAAAUCAUUUUAUCUCUUUUGCAGGUGACUGAAAUAUGGAAGACAUAGACAGAUUUUUAUUCAAAUUUAAAGGAUAUUAUUUUGAUCAUUCACUUGAUAUUGGCUUUAUAGAAAAUUUAGAUGAUUUUGAAAUCAGAGAAGAUGAUGUCUUCAUAAUCGCAUACCCCAAAUCUGAAACCUACAAGUUGAAAUGCCAAACUGCUUUCCAAGGACUCUACCUUCACAUCAGCACCAUUGGAAAGGAUGCCCAUUUCUCCACGUCCUCACUAAUACUAGUUAUUUUCAGUCUUUUUGAUAUAGCCGUUCAGUAAAGUAGGAAGUGAUAUAUCAUUUUGCUGGAGGAAGUUCAAGAAUAUUGGAGGGGCACCUGGGUGGCACC